AUGACUGAAAAGCAGCUCUCCGAAGAGUUCUUAGCUAGGUUUGUCUCCAACACUAAGAUCCCGAAAGAGUCGGAUACACUAUUCGGUCUCCGAAAGGAGCAGGAAGAAACGCUGCGUAGUUAUGCUAUGAGGUAUUGGGAAGAGUACAAUGACUUAGAAGAAAACGUUUGCAGUGAGCAGAUGGCUAUUAUGUCCUUCAAAUAUGGUCUGUGCCCAGAAAGUAAGUUAAGACAGUCACUUACCAAGCGCCCGCCCACAGCAUUGAAAGAUUUACGUGCCAGGAUCAAGCAGGACGCUCGCCUCGAGGAUGACCAGAUCCUCAUCGAGGAAGCAUCAACAGAACAAACAGCUCGGCACAAGAAGAGAACGGACCGAGGGAAACACCAAGGGCUCACAGUGAACGAGGUGGAUAAGUCCAAAUCUCACGAAGCAAUCGUGACCGUAUUUAAGGAACCCAUCUAUCGUAUCCUAGAAAAGAUCAAGAGGGAGCCCUUCUUUAUUUGGUCGCCAAAAAUGUUGGGAGAUCCAGCUCGGCGUAAUCAGAAGCUCAGAUGCACCUAUCACCAAGACAGGGGGCAUAUGAUUCAGAACUGUAGACCACUGAAGCAACACUUGGAAGACCUAGUAGUAGCUAGGCACCUCCGGGAUUACAUUGAUCAGGAUAAAGCAGUGACCGAACCGGGGAACCCACCACCAGAACCGAACAUUGAGCACCCACCUCGGCCGAUAAUAAAUGUGAUCCAUGGAACAGCAACCCAAGAACGUAAAGAGGCACUGAAAUAA